AUGGGAGCUGCACAGCCUGCCACAGCUACAGAGGUUGAGAAAGGUCAAACAAAGGUUGAUGCUGGAUUACUCCCGCGAGAUCAUUACAAGUACCGACUACCACGAUGGCGGUACAUGGCGCGACAGAAAUUGUUGCCCCUGGUUAGAUGGGAAACACCGUACCUUGCAUACUUCCAGGAACACUGCAGAACACCCUUUCUCGAUUCGUAUUUUGCGCUCACAGCCAAUCUCGGCACUCAUACCUUCUUCAUGAUAAUGCUACCAGUGUUAUUUUGGUUUGGAUAUACAACUCUUGGGCGAGGAAUGGUGCAUAUCUUAGCUUCAGGGGUGUUCUUCAGUGGUUUUUUGAAAGAUCUAUUAUGCCUACCACGACCGUUAUCUCCUCCUCUCCAUAGGAUUACCAUGUCUGGAUCAGCGGCCCUUGAGUACGGGUUUCCAAGCACACAUUCUACCAAUGCCGUGUCUGUAGCGCUGUAUGGAAUUCUAUCUCUCCGCUCUACUCCCGAUGUAUCAACCACCCUGCGAUUCUCUCUCGAAGCUUUAGCAUGGGUAUAUGCAAUUUCCAUUGUAUUAGGAAGACUUUAUUGCGGUAUGCACGGAUUCUUUGACGUCAUUGUUGGCAUUUGCCUCGGCGCUGUGCUCGCAAUUGUAGAUUGGGUAUCGCGAGAUGCGGUUGAUGCAUUCGUCUUCAGUGGGUCUUGGCAGGUUCCUGUAGUCUUUAUUGUGGUGGGCUUGAUUAUGGUUAGGAUACAUCCUGAGCCUGCUGAUUCCUGCCCAUGCUUCGACGAUGGGGUUGCAUUCGCUGCAGUGGUUAUGGGGUGUGAUGUGGGGCACUGGCAUUAUGCGCAGAGCUCAUGGAGCUGGAACGAGCCUGUUCCAGCCACAGUCCCGUAUUCCUAUGAAGAGCUUGGCUUGACGAAAAGUGUAUUAAGAGUGGUUGCCGGUGUUUGUGUUAUAUUUGCUUGGAGAGAAUUUAUGAAACCCACCUUACACCAUUUUCUACCUCCUCUUUACAGAGUGAUUGAAAGUAUCGGUUUAUCUUUACCACGAAAACAUUUUACACCAGCUUCUGAAUAUAAAAAGGUCCCACGUUUGCCCGAUGACACCCUUUUUGGUUUGAGCGAACUUCCCGCGUUGAUCCACAGCUUUCGUCGGCCGCGUUCUGACUCUGUCGGUCCCCAAUCCGCCGCUGAUGCUUAUGAAACGCUUGCAUAUCGAGAAAAGAAGCGCCGGGAAAGUAUUGGAACGAGCCAAUCUCGUUCUCCUUCUGUACCCAGAGAUGUAGCAAAGUAUGAGAACGAAAUGGGUAAUGGGAACGUCGAUGUUAAAGCGCUAGUUGUUGAUUCAGAUGAUGAGAAGGCAGAGGCAGAGGUCUUUAGGAAGAUCGAAAGGCCUAGAGUCAGGUAUGAUGUUGAGGUUGUGACCAAGCUCGUAGUAUAUGCUGGUAUCGCUUGGUUUGCUGUAGAAGGAAUUCCAAUAUUUUUGGAAAUAAUAGGGCUUGGGAUCGCCUCUCAUGGAUUUGAAGCGAGGUAG